GAUCUGCUGGCCAGUGCUAAACACUCGAAAUGACAACCUCGGCUGAUAGCGUGUUCUUAACCCGAUCGGAAGGCAUCUCCGCGGAAGGAGUGCGGGACCAGUAUGCCGAUGGCAAGGCUGCUAAGGUCUGGGAGAUAUUCAUUGGUGAUAAGAACUCCCGCACUGACAACUACAAGAACUUCCUGGUAGAUUUGCUGCGCCAGAAGGGCUGCAAACGCAUCCUGGAUGUGGCAUGCGGCACGGGCGUUGACUCUAUAAUGCUGCUGGAGGAGGGCUUCGAGGUGGUGUCCGUUGAUGCUUCGGACAAAAUGCUGAAAUAUGCGCUGAAAGAGCGCUGGAAUCGUCGCAAGGAAGCUGCCUUCGACCAAUGGACUAUUGAGGAGGCCAAUUGGCUGACGUUGUUCGACGAUAUUCGGGAGCAUCGUCGGGAAGGUUUCGAUGCGGUCAUUUGCCUGGGCAAUUCCUUUGCCCAUUUAAUGGACAGCUUUGGCGAUCAGCGCGAGCACAAACAGGCGAUCAAGAACUUUGAGAAAUGCCUGAAGCCAGGCGGCAUACUGCUGAUCGAUCAUCGCAACUAUGACAACAUCCUCGAGACAGGCGCCACGCCAGCCAAGAGCAUUUACUACAACACAAGCCAUACGGCGGACAUCAAAACAUCCGUUUUAUUCUAUUGUGGCAAGGCAGCUCUGGUCUCCAUGGACUACCAGAUCGAAGGCAAUAAGCUGGCCAGCGAGUUCCGUCUCUCCUAUUAUCCGCAUGAGCUCAAGCGUUUCACGGAGAUCCUUAGAGAAAUCUUUGGUAGCCAGGCUAAGCACAAGCUGUACGGCGACUUCAAGGAUAUGAAUGUUGUGCAGAAUCCGGCAUUCUACAUACAUCUGAUUGAGAAGCCUAGCGUUUAAGUAACAUCAUAAUGUAUUGCCACUGUGGACACUUUUUCGUAUUUUCACACACAAAUACAAUAUUAAUUCUGUU